CAAAUGAAUACUGUGGUUACAAGACAAGCAUUUGAGAUUACAGAUUAAAAAAAUUAAAAGUCUUCCAAAAACAAUACCAACAAUCACCCAAAUAAACUUAAAUAAAAAACAAAGGCCUAUCAAAAAUAAAAAUAAUAAAAUAAACUAAAAUAAAAAAAUUAAAAAAAUUUAUAAUGGCCUUUUGAUCACUACCAGCUGUUGUAAGUGACACCUUGUAAGUUAUUAGUCAAUAAUUGUACCUACUCAAUUCACAAAUAUCUUCUCCCUGUUCUACUUAACACCCAUAUAUAGCAAUCAAGACAUGGACAAUUACCAACCACUAACAAUGAUCAAGCAUUUCCCUUCCUGGAUGCCCUUUGGUUGGCUAAUGAUCCUAUGCUUCUCUUGCUUGAUCCCUCUUUGCUACACUUGUAAUCAAGUUGAUCGUGAGUCGCUCUUGUCAUUCUCUCUCACUAUCUCUCAUCCUCCGACCAAUCCUCUAAUAUGGUCAUUCAGCAGUGACAUCAAUGACUGCUGCCUCUGGGAAGAAAUUGCUUGCGAUCCAAACGGAAGAGUUACCCAUCUAUGGCUGCCAUCUAGAGGCCUCGGUGGAACCAUCUCCCCCACUCUAAAAAACCUGACGCGUCUCUCUCAUCUCAAUCUCUCCCACAACUCCCUCACUGGCCCACUCCCAAAUGGGCUCUUUUCUGCUUUGGCUCUCCUUCAAGACCUUGAUCUCAGCUUUAAUAGUUUGCAUGGGAACUUGUCGAACACUUUGCCUAUUUCCAUCCGAACAUUGGAUUUAUCCAGCAACCACUUUGAUUCUGCAAUACCAUCUUCGUUCCUCCAACAAGCAUGGAACUUGGUCAGUCUUAACGUUAGCAACAACUUAUUCACCGACCUCAUCCCUCCUGUUUGCACAAUCAAUUCUAGCCCCCUUAAGAUUUUGGAUUUCUCCUUUAAUUUUUUCAGCGGUCAAAUUCCUCAUGGGCUAAUAAGCGAAUGUCCCAAACUUGAGGUUUUCAAUGCAGGUUUCAACGCUCUCUGUGGAUUGCUUCCAGAUGACAUUUACCAUGCAGCAACCUUGCAAGAAAUCAUAUUACCUUCUAAUAAGCUCUCAGGGCCUAUAGGCAGAGGCAUCGUUCAUCUAACCAAUCUCAGUGUACUAGAUCUUCACGAUAACAAAUUGAGUGGCGUGCUCCCUAGAGAUAUCGGAAAGCUCUCUAAGCUAGAAAAAUUAGUUCUGCAUAUGAAUAACUUGAGUGGUACAAUGCCUGCUUCGCUUAUGGAUUGCACCCAUCUUAGAGAACUGAAUUUGGGGUUUAACAUCCUCCAAGGAGAUGUCUCUAUCCUUAAUUUCUCCAAGCUUCUUCGACUAAGCGUGCUAGACCUGAGUAACAACUACUUCACUGGUAAAAUCCCCAAAAGCCUUUACUCAUGCCAGUCCCUAACGGCAGUUAGACUAGCCUAUAACACGCAGUUGGAAGGCGAGAUCAUACCAGACAUACUUUCUCUGCAAUCUUUAUCAACCCUCUCAUUGUCUGACAACAGGCUAACCAACAUCUCCGGCACAAUAAAAAUUUUGAUGGGUUGCAAGAACCUGAAUGUCCUCAUCCUUGCAAAAAACUUUGUGGAUGAGGUAAUGCCAGAUGGUCAUGAUCACAACAAGCUGGUAGCCUCAGGCGGGUUUCAAAAUCUGCGUCUUUUGAGUCUAUCUGAUUGUGGACUCACGGGUCAAGUGCCCAGUUGGCUGUCUGAGCUUAUGAAGUUAAAGGUCUUGGAUUUGUCUGGUAAUCAAUUAACCGGUUCAAUUCCUAAUUGGUUAGGCACUCUGCCAACCCUCUUCUACAUAAAUUUGGCUGGUAAUCUCCUUGAAGGAGAGUUUUCGCAAGAACUCUGUCGACUUCCAGCAUUGACAUCGCACCAGGCGAUGGAUAAUGCUUCUUUCCAAUUGUCGGUGUAUGGUGCACAUAACUUAAGUGAACCUAGUAAAGCUCAUGAUAAACAAUACAAUAGACUCUCGAACAUGCCAUCAAUAAUUGACUUGAGCAACAAUAACCUUCGCGGUUAUAUCCCUGCUCAAAUUGGCCAGUUGAGGCUUCUUCAAGGGUUGAGUCUCAGAAAUAACAACUUCUUUGGCAGAAUUCCAGAUCAAAUGUCAAACCUUUGCAACUUGGAAAGAUUAGACCUCUCCAACAACCAUCUUUCUGGUAAAAUCCCACAAUCGCUAAGGAAUCUCAACUCAUUGGCAGAGUUAAAUGUUUCAUAUAACAAUCUUGGAGGACCAAUCCCACUAGGCACCCAACUACAAAGCUUCAACUCUUCUGCAUAUGAGGGAAAUCUUGAACUCUGUGGGGCUCCACUUCCUCUUCCGUGCCAAGUUGUUAGUACUACCGAUGAUGAUGACCAAAGCAUUCAACAAGAGGAGCAGGGGAUAGAUGAAACUCUUUGGCUUUACGUGAGUUCAGGGAUUGGAUACAUAAUGGGGUUUUCUGCCGUUUGCUGCACCUUGUUAGUGAAUGGUUCUUGGAGAAAUGCUUAUUUUCAAUUCUUGACCAACACUAAAGACAAACUUUAUGUGAUCUUGGUGGUUCACGUUGCAAGAAUGAGGAGACGGCAUGUGUGAAAGCUACCUCAGUGGUGGCUCGUGUAGCAAACAAGUCGAGGGAAUAUCUUGGCCGGCCAUUGCAUGGAAGAACACAAAACUUCAAAUUCUAUUUUUUUUUUUUUUCUCAGAUUCACCUUUCCUCUUAGCUGUAUUUUAAGUAAUUUUAUUGAUAAAAUUAAAUAGUAAGUGCUAAAUGUUGGGUUUUCAAUAUAA